AUGCCUCCAUUAGUGCCAGAACCAGGAUCUCCUUUCCGAUAUCCUACUCCAACUGCCAGCGCUAUCUCCUCACUCAACCCACCAAAUAUUGACACAUCAUUCCGAUUUGCUGUCGAAGUCCAACCGGCUUUCUCUGGCUUUUUACUGUUUGCCUGCCAGCUGCAACUGCCUACGCUUCCCAUAACACCAUCAUUGAUUUUUCAUCUGAACUCUGGCCUUGAAAGAGAGUACUGGUAG